AUGAGUCGUUGCAGAAGGUGUUCCCCAACUUCAUUCACCGUUCGUGCUUACGGUUCUUCGUCUCUCUCACCCACCAGUUGUGGAAGUAUGAAUUGGGUUCAGCGAAAGAUCCACCUUUACAAUGUGACAUUUGGGCUUUAUAUGCUGGAUUGGUGGGAGCGCUGUACUUUUAAUAUUUUGGUGAUUGUACUAAUGUGUUUUGUUGUGCGGUACAUUACUCAGUUCGUCAAGAGGUAUGUCUUUUUGUGGUAA